GAGAGAAGAAUCUCAAGCACCUGUCCACCAUCGAUCUCACUGGCUGCUUCAACGUCACCGAUACUGGCAUCGGUUGGCUCGCAGACAUCGUUCGCCAUGCGCCCAAGCUGUUUGUGGUUCGCCUUGAUGGCUGCACCAGACUGACUGAUGCUGGCUAUGCUGUCCUCUUCAACACGAAGCCCAACAUCACCAUAUCAGUCAUGGCAACAUCUGUGGCGCACAUCAACCGUGGUUCUGGCAUGCGAGGAUGCCCGCUGGUCACUGACCCCAACAACAGUAAAGAGCGUACCAAGCUGCCGUAUGGUCAGACUGUGAUUGUCCCGCACCCAAAGGUGGAUGUCAGUCUGUCAGAGUAUUUGUCCAAGAAGAAGGAAAGUAGUCGUAAUGGACGCCCACUGUGUCACGUGAAGGACUGGAACAUCAAAAACUGGAAGCUGGCUCUCACUGAGAUGGAACAUUCCAAUCCGCUGUUUGACAUCCUGUUGCCUAGCAACCCGGCCCAAGUGCUGAUCCCUGUCGAUGCUGCAUGUGAUCCAAGUGAUGCUCGGACCCACAUCGCCGCCACCAUCACCAGGGUGCUGGGCAAGGAAACCUGCAACCCCUUCCUGCAGCAGGACCAGAUGCAGGUGAUGAGCACCGAGCACUUCAUGGACAUCCACAUCCUGCAGAGGUUGGACUUCACUCUGGAUGGGAAGAUCAAAAACAUCUCCAAGUCCGAUCGGGUCGUUGGUGUUUUUGUGUCAAGACAGCCUCUCAGUCGCAGCAACCGCUACUUUGAGGUGGAGGUCCUGUCUCAGAGCGGCGCUACAGGCUUGGUCAUGGGCUGCAUGUUUGAUGUCCUCUUCUCUGCCAGAUACCCAAUGGACAUGAACGAACAGAAAGGGGGAGCUGUAGAAGGGCUUGAGAUUCACCCCGAUGAUGUGUUUGGUUUUGGAGUUGAUGGAGAGUGGGAGUCCGAAUACGUUCCGAGGGAAGGGGCUUGCAGUUUCUACCUCACAAAGAACGGAACACGGAUGGAGGACAAAGAUAUCAAGGAGACCCCCCACAUUGGCAUGUAUCCCCUCGUCACCAUCAUUGGUGAGGGAAUCGCUGAAAUAAAACUGAAGAAUUUGAAUUCUCCUCCACAGAGUUUGGUUGCCCAAUGGGAGAAAGACAAGAAAACGUUUGAACCAAACUACAUGCAGAACAUGCUUUGUGAUGAGGAAGGUGUACUGUCAUAUGCCAAGUCGUACAAGACCACCGACCAGCAAGGCUGUUGUGUCAACCUGCACCCCAUCACGAAGAUCAACAACAGCUGCACCAUUCAGCUGGUCAGUCAAGAGCAGAAAGGCCGCUUGAUCCUCGCCCUUGGAUCAGAGAAGGGGAUUGGCUGGAUGGAGGGAUCAGCAGGCUUCAAUCUCAUGAAUGGAACGAUCAUUGUUAGAUCUUCAGAGAUAGAGACAAACACACCCUGCAAAGUUGGUGACAAGGUGACCUUAGUUGUCAGUGGAUUCAUCACAGACAGGAUUCAACCUGAUCAGAGCUUCAAAGUUACUGUCCUCGUCAACAGUAAGGAGGUUGGCAGCUGUGACGUGGUCUACGGCGCAAGGCUGGGCCACAGAUGUGUGUUCCAAGUCUGUAUGGACAGCGAUGGCCAUCAGGUGAAAGUCCUGGACUACCGGAAACCAUACAGAUCACAGCCAUCAGCCAUGGACAAGCUGACAAUGGGUCGUGCGAAUUACAUCAAUGUGUAUGAUGAUGGCACGCUUCAGUACAGGAAAUAUGAUGCUCGUGCACCUUUUGGGCUAUAUGUGUCCAAGACGCCAUUGAAUGCCCAGCUGAGAUAUUUUGAGAUGCAGAUUCAGAGCAUGUCUGCCAGCAAGCACAUUGGCAUCGGUCUGUGUGACCGCAACUACAUCAUCAACAACAUGCCUGGCUGGCUGUACGGCUCCAUUGCAUACCAUGCUGACAAUGGCCAGCUCUAUCACAACUCCGCCUAUGGAAGCCGCUCAAGCAUCAUGGAUUCUGUGAACACCCUGUAUGGUGUUGGAGAUGUUGUUGGCUGUGGCAUUGUCAUGGAGACAACAAAGUUGACAGAGGAUGGACGACUUCAACCCCAGCAGAUGCUAGAUGUGUAUUUCACCAAGAAUGGUGUCAAGGUACAUGAAGCGAAGUUCUCCUACCAGAGUGACGGAUUGUUCCCCUGCGUUGCCCUCCACCAUGAAACAGACCGAGUCCAGCUGGCAAACUAUUUUCCUGGGUGCUACCCAGUCGUGAAACAGGAAGAUGACAAGACCCAGAAACAAGCACAGGAGAAAGCGGCUGUGCCCCCUGAUGGAUGUCAGUUUGUUGUGGUGUCUGUGGCUUCCGGGGAGGGGUCGGAUGAGAAGGCCAAACUUCAGCUGAUUGAAAACAGCCUUGACCUUCAGAAGGAUAUCACAAUGAUUGCAGACCUAAAGUCAGAAGUCCAAAGGCUUGAAAAGAAGCUGGCCUCCCUGGACUUCCAGGGCCAGAACUACUACAGUCGUCUGUGCUGGAACCUGGAGUGUCUGCAGAGAAUCUGUCAACACAAGGACAGACUCCACUUCAUGUCUGUCAACGUCAAGUCAGGAAAGGGGUAUGACACGCUGGUCGAGAAGCUGAUUGGUCUCCAUGAGAGUCACCGGAACAACUACCCCAUGCAAUACGACGUCCACACAUUUGUACAGAAGGGCCUGGAAAAGAUUGUAGCUGUUGUAGGAGCACACAGCAUUGUGUCUGUGUCCAGCUUACAGAAUCUGACCGAGGACAUCCUGAAUAACUCCUGCCAGGUCUACACACAGGCUGUCAAGAUCCUGCACAACACGGGCCAAUUGCUCCAUGUCAAGUUCAACUGUGUAGAGUUUGCUGUGGACAGAGGGUUUCUCCAGAAGAUGUUUGACCGAGUGGCAUCUGUGGACGGGGGCUGUCCAGACAAGCGGGCAGUGGUAGUAGGGGAGGCAACUCUGCUGUGGGAAGAAAACACCAUCACAUCAGCAAGAGAAAUGGACAAGGAACAGACAAGUGUGUUGAAACACCUACUGCUGCAGAUGGGUCUGCUCCGAGUUCCGUGUUUGAGGACAGACCCGUCAGACCCUUCACAUCUCUUCACCCUCACACAGCAUGUUGCUAUGGGCAACACAAACAUGUCUGACUACUGGGCCAAGGGCAAGAGACCUGCAGACAGUGUGUUGAUGUGGAGGACGUACAAAUUUGGGAUGGGGAUGCCGACUGGGCUCCUGACUGCGUUGGUGACGCUGUGCUCGCAGUUCUCUCGACUCCAACUGAUGAUGAAAGAGGGAGGAGUUUUCCAGAGUGGAGCUGUUCAGACAACCAUUGUGAAGCACACCGUGGAGAAGGCCGUGGAUGCUCUGACCAUAGAGUCCAAGUGUUUCGUGCCAGACUCUGAUGUUGGCCCAAUCAAUGAUGACACCCGCUACCAUGUUGAAGAAUACACCUGGAACGUGUUCUGUAUCCUAGCAGACGUCAUCGACAGCCAUCUUGAAAGCUGUGGGCUGCUUCCAAUCAUUCAGGAAGAUGUGCCUCACUGGUUUGCCAAUACUUCUGUCGGAUGUAAACACGAGUGGAGGAUGUCUGAUGCUGAGACCAUCCAGAGCAUCUGCACCCUCUGUAACCUUUGCUGUGACCUGGGGUCAGAGUGCAAGUACAACGGCAUCAUGGGACAGUACCUGCGGCAGUGUGAGUGCGGGACUAAAGUGACUGGCUGCAAGUCUUGUGGAAUCUGUAGGAGGUGCGCCCAGCAUCUGUGGACACUACGGACGUUGCUGCGUCCAUGUUGUGAGGUUUCCCAGGGGGACAAGACGGAGUUGACCGAUGUGGUUCCGCUGGACGGUGUGAUGUACAACCAGGUGGACUGUAUCAGUCUCCAGAUCGGAGGAGAUCCCAUCUGCCUCAAGAAACAGAACGAGACAUCAGGCGCCCUGGUCCAGGUGUUUCCGGGUCCUGCCGUGGUUGUUCCAGACCAGGUGAAACUAAAGAACUACAACAAGAAGCUUGACUUACUCAAGUCUCAUCAGCUGCGGCAGGGGGACACCAUCUCUAUCACCCUCCACGAAAUACAGAGAAACUCCGCACAGCAGCUUGAACUGGAGGUGGAGGAGGAGGAGGUCCUGGAGGUAAAGCCGGUCUACCACACCUUGAUCUGCCGCGAGGCCCGCGUCUGGCACGACACGGGUAUUGUGUGCUACGACUCCACAUCUUCAGCAAUUCCUGUUGCGCAGUUUAUAGCAGCACGGCCUCUCACUUCUGAAUGCAACAAAUUCUCCCUUGAGAUUAUGAACCAAGGUGAGGGUGACUACAUCGCUGUUGGACUGGUCCACCGACGUUAUCGCAUGAACCGACAGCCAGGCUGGGACCCAUCCUCCAUUGGCUUCCAUGCUGACGAUGGAGGAGUGUUUGUUGGGUCUGGCUGGCCGUUGAAACGGACUGAGCAGUGUCAUAAAGGAGACAUCAUGACCUGUGAAGUGGAUUGGGAUGAGCAGAAGGUUUUCUUCUCCAGGAAUGAUAAACUGGUAUACACCAGCACCAAGAUGCGUGUGCCAACAGGCGGCUUCUUCCCCUGUGUUGGCCUUCACUCUAAAGGGGAGGCGGUCCGUCUGCUGGACCUGGACCCAUGGCUGCCACCCAAGGAAGGAGAGAUGCCAGUGCUGCCUCCAGCCUUCGACACCUACAAGUACGGCAACCUGUGGAUCAGUCCUGGGCUGAAGUUGCCUCUUCAGCGUCAAAAGAAGAAUUUGGAAGGAUGGCUAAUACUGCAUAAUCCAAGCAAAGAUCUUGUAGGAUAUGUGGUGAAGUCCACUCCGGCCUGUAUAGAUCUGGUCCAGCAUCUUGAUCCAGGCGCCUCUCGCACCAUACUUAUAGACAAACCUGGAACAGACAUGACGUCAAUGACCAAGGUAGCAAUUGCCUGGUUUGCUUUGGACUCUGGGAAGAUGUACACAGAGACAGAGAUAGCUGACAUCUACUCUGUCCUCACAGCCGAGAGCUAUCACACCCAUGUGCUAAAGGUCAAGGUCAUAGAAAGCCAAGUGUCAGAUGUUACAAGGUUGAAGAGGUCAGCAGAAGGGGAGCCAGACAUUCAGGACGAGUACGAGCUGCAGGUGAGAAGGAAUGGGAGUCUGGUUGACUCGUACUACCUGCCUGAUGGAAGAUACACCUGCGUGCUGCCCACAGAGGCGGGGCCACAGAAUGUCCUCCUCAGAUACCCCCGGUUCCCAACGUUUGAUCUCCCGAAUAUCUUCCAGAGAGGAAUGCGGCUGAUCGCUCAGCCCACGGAGAACACGUAUGCGGAGUGUGUUAUUGCCCAUGUGACGCACGAUGGGCUGGGACUGACGCUAGAGUACUCCCCCAAGGACCAUGAGGUGAACACACUGCUGUGUGUGGAGGCGGACUCCCCGGCCAUCCAACUAGAACAGCUCCCUCUUGAGGUCAUCGAGGAAAUGUCCACUGUCAUCAAGGGAGAGAAGGAGGGCAAGAAGGGAGACAAAUCUGAUGGAACCAAGGGAGAUAAACCUGAUGGUAGCAAGACAGAGCAGAAGAAACCUGAUGAAGUUGACUUUCCAGCUCUGAAACUUCCUCCUGUUGAUGAUGUACAAGAAUCCGGGGAAGGCUUCUCACUCUUGGAGAGGUUAAGGAAUAUAUAUGAACCAUUGGAGGAAACCAUCACCCUUGACACAGAGCAACACGAAAAAAAGGAGAUUGUUAAGGCUGAUGUGGAGAUCUAUGGAUUUGAAAAUAGAGGUAACAUGGUCGUGGAGAAGCGUGCCUACAUGUUCCCCCCUUCAUGUCUGCUCACACAGGGCACUCAGUACGCCAUCAUGGCACUAGACUCUGGGUGGAGGGCCAACUCACUGGAAUCUCUUGCAAAGUGUGAUGUCAUGCCCACAAGACUCACAGUUCAAGAGCUGCAGAUUGCAGACCUCAGCAGGAAGCUGGCUGCUUGGUCCCAUGGUCACAAGAAAGACUCCAAACAUAUGUUUGUGUUCCUGCCUGGCUCCCUAGACGCCACCAAGUUGUGUCAUGCUCCAGUCCUGCAGCUGUACAAGGACAUCGAGGUCCACAGGCUCUGCUUCCGUGGAGACCAGGUGAAUGAACAGUGGCAGGAGGAGAUGUCACUGGACGUCCCUCUACACUUCGUGGACAUUCCUCCAAUCCCCCUCGAGGCCCCGCUCCCGCUUGACCUUCUGUACGCCAGUCUCAACUCUGGCUGGACUUACACCGCUCUUACAGCUACAAAGCUGAAUCUGCCAGUGUAUCACAAGAUAUUCUCAGGUGGAAAACCAGACUACAACAGACAACAGGUGGAGCAUCUCCUGUCCUCAUUACUGAAGACCUUUGCCGCCCAGUGUCACAUCUUUGCUGAGCAGCAGGGUGGGAUGGACCUGCAAGCUAGGUUUGAAAUGUAUGGAAAUACCAUCAUGAAGAAUAUAAAAGCUGGAGACGUUCACCUGCAGAAGUUCAGUGCGCAGUGUGUGGAGGACCCCUCUGUGCUGGUCAUGUCCAAGUUCAAGAGGCGUGUCUUGUGCAAGGCCCACCUGCUCACCUCGGAGAUGGACACCCACAUGGAGAUGACAGACAACAUCGACGUUCAUCACUUUCAGCCCUACCAGGAGACUGUCAACACCAUCUGCCGGGAACUGCCUCAUCAGACAUCUUUCUCGGACGACUUCUUCCCAAAUUUCCCCAACCUGCAAGUCUUCUCCCUAGAUGAAUGUGGCAAUCUCACAUCUCUUCCGGAAGGAGUGUCAAAAUGUGCUCGCCUUAAGAUUGUGUCAUUCACAGAGAGUGCCAUCAAAGAACUUCCCAGUGACAUCUUCUUGGUGCCGUCACUGAUACGACUGAAUUGUCACAUGUUGCCUGUUACGUCCUUACCCAAUCAGUGGCCGGCAUCUAGUCAGCUGACUCACCUAGAACUUGUUGGACUUCAGUUGACACAGAUACCUGCAGGCAUUGGGAGCUUGCAGGAACUAGUGACCUUGAACCUCAGCAGUAACCCUUUAGCUGACAUUCCACUGGAAAUUGGCCAGCUGAAAAAACUGAAGGUCUUGAAUCUAUCAGGCAUGGCCUGGAUCACACUCGGAGGCUCGAAAACAGCAAUGUCCCGAGAGCAGUACGACUACUGGUUUGAUGACCACAAAUUUGUAGAGACUUUCCUACCCCAACUGGACAUACAGAAGACAUUCAAGCUGCAUGAUGUGAACAAGAAUGGAAUGCUGGACGAGGAGGAGCUGGCUGUGCUCAACCUGCGGCUCUUCUGGGACAUCCCUCGGAUAGGAUCAACCUGCAUCACCGAUGAGGAGUAUGGCGGUAUUCCAGCGGCAGUGUUUCAGAUGGGGGCACUGGAGGAGUUGUACCUCGACUACACAGCCAUCACUGCUGUCCCCGUCCACAUGUGCCGACUCGUCAACCUGCGCGUGCUCAGCCUCGAACACUGCCCCCUGCUGGAGAGCUUGCCGGGGUCCCUUGGACACCUCCCGAACAUGAAGACAUUAGACCUGAUUGGUUGUCCCGCCUUGAGAACUCCGCCCAAUGAGGUUGUAAGCAGAGGCUUUGAGUCGGUCAAGGCAUAUCUGAAGCGUCUCGCUGGAGGCUUCACAGCGUGUCGCAGGACCAAGCUGAUGCUGGUGGGGCUGGGUGGCGCUGGCAAGACAAGCCUCCUGAAGGCUCUCAUGAGUCACAACAAGAAGACGGAGGGGACGAAGGGAGAAGAUAUCACAGAUGGAAUAGUAAUCCAGCCCUGGACUGUGAAGACUGACGAUGAAAUAGAAAUUACCUACAACACCUGGGACUUUGCAGGACAAACCCUCUACUACAACACACACCAGUUUUUCCUGUCCAAGCGAGCUGUAUACAUCUUGCUGUGGUCGACACGCCAGGGGUUUGAACAUGCCGGCCUGGACUUCUGGCUCAGCUCCAUUGCCUGCCACGCACCCAAGACACCCAUCUUUGUGGUCGGCACCCACUGUGAUCAGGUUCCUAAGGCCGAUAUUCCAGUUACGGAGCUCACCAGGAGAUAUCCACAGAUUGCUGGCUUCCAUUUUAUCAGCUCAAUCACAGGCAUGGGCGUGGCUGAGCUGGAGAAGCAGCUGCUGAGGGUCACCCUGGAGCAGAAGAACAUGGGGGAGAAGAUACCGCAAGUCUGGCUGAACCUGGAGAAGAAGAUACUGGCUGCACGUUCAAAAACCAGCAUCCUCAAGUGGGACGUCAUCAAGGAGUACGGAAUGGAGGUCGGCAUCUACGAUGAGAAAGAUAUCAAGGAAGCCGUGCAGUUCCUGCAUGAGUUGGGCACUGUUCAGUACUUUGACAAUGACUUCCUACGAGACCAGAUUGUCAUCAACCCCCAGUGGAUUGUCAAUGUCAUGUCCUGUGUUGUCUCCGUCAAAAACUCCCCCAUCCAGGACGAUUCAGGUCGUUUCCACCACAAGCACAUCAGCGAUGUGUGGAAGGAGUAUCCCCCCUCACUACACAAAUGGCUGCUGCAGUUAACUGAGGAGUUUGACCUGACUUUCCCACUGCCUAAAGAACCGGUGAACAUUGUGCCCUGUCUCCUGCCGCCAGAAGAACCAGCAGAGAUAGAGGACUGGGCCGGAGACAGCAAGUUUCGAGGCACCCGACAGACCAAGAUGGUGUACAAGUUUGCCUACCUUCCUGCUGGACUGUUCAACAGAGCCCAGGUUCGACUAUUCCAGUUCUCGGACGGCAAGCUUAUCUGGAAGCGUGGCUCUCUCCUGAAUAAGAACAACCACCUCGCCCUCAUCAGACAGAUCAGUGAUUCCGAGCUGGUUGUGUUGGUCCAAGGUCCACGCCCUGAAAACAUCCUGUUCCUGGUUCAUGAGAUCUUUGAGAGUCUCAUCGAGGAAUCCUUCCAUGGUGUUGUGUAUGACUUCCUGGUGCCAUGCCCGGACUGUGUCAUGAAAGAGGGCUGUCUGGAACCGUGUCUGUUUGACAAUGAGCUAAUUGCCCAUGCCAAGAACAACAAGGCUCCGUUCCUACAAUGUCGGAAAUAUUUCCACACAGUGUCCAUGGCCCAGUUGCUAGAAUCCAUGCCCAACACCCACGCUGGCGACUUCGACGCCCACCUCCAGCACAGCCUGAUGAUGCUGCAGGAACUGAACUCCGCCCUCACCACGGACGUCGCUGUCCUGUACUCCGCCUCCGAUGUGCCGGCACCCAGAGACCCUGCAGAGAAGAUCAACCCUUUCUGGUUUAAAGAAGAUCUUGAGAAAGGUGGAUUGUCUUGCUGGUACAGUGAAGACAUGCUUAACAUCAGUGUUCAUGACCUGACUCUCGCCCUAAAGAACUCCAAGGUGGUUGUGGCACUCGUGUCAGACAACUUUGAGCGUGAUGAGAUGUGUCGCGACAUGAUGCUGUACACUAUGGACACUCUGAACAAAGACUACAUCAUCACUGUCAUCGGGACUAGCCUGGCCUGGCAGAACACAGACCUGGGGAUGAGGAUCGGGAAACAAGAGCAAAUGGUGAUGGUAAAGACCAAGGACAGGUUUGAAGACCGUGUCAAGAAUCUCCAGAGUAGGGUGAAGCAGAAGCUCCAUGGCAUCCAGAUCAGGGACAACAAGGAGUACCCUGUGUGCUUCAUCAGCUACUGCUGGAGCAACUCCUCCGACGCUGUCAACAAGGGCACCAAGAGCCCACCCGGGUCACUCGGCUGGGGGGACCCGCGGGUAAUCAAGAAGUACCUGGAAGACAACAGGAUAUCCACAUGGAUUGACCAUGAACAGAUCACUGCGGGGAAAGGUCUGUUUGAAAACAUAUCUCGCGGGAUGCGACAUGCCAAGGUGCUGGUUGUCUGUGUGUCAGAUGAGUACGUGGAGUCUGACAACUGCAUGAUGGAGCUGAGGUUCGGGGUGCUGAAUCUGGGGCUGCCGUUGGUUCUGGCUGUGGUGGGGACAGGCACUGAGUGGAAACUGUCUGAGGUGGGUAUCUUGGCACAGAGGGCAAAGGCAUCCAAGGUGUAUUUCCAAAAGGAGAACCCAUCGUCUCUGGAGACGCUGCUGGAGUAUGUAAAGGAGCGUCUCCCUUUAAAGGACGACUCACUCCUGAGGAGGGAGGAGGUGAAGAAGGAGAUGUCACAGAUACAGAAGCAGGCCUGCAAGCAGACCAACGUCGUGUUCCAGGAGGAGUAUGAGUUGACCCAGCGACGCUUCAUGCGCCACAUCAUCUCCUUCAUCACCAGCAUGGACUCCUCACCGAUGCCUCGCCUUGCUGUGAUUGACUUCAUGAAGCACCAGGAUCGAUCCUCCACCCUGUCCCAGGCUGCUCCCAGCCCAGGUCCUGGUUCCACGUCUACACGCAAUGCGAGAGCCACCAUAGCAAGCGUGCCUGAAGAGAAGACCCAGGACAGCUUCAGAUCUAGCUUCAGGUUACUUCGUCCGUCAAUGCGCCCAAAGACAGCCUCUCGGACAUCACGUGACCGCCUUGAGGCCUUCAACCCGGAGACAGAUGGGUGGGAGUCGGAAAGCUUUGGUGUACGACUGCUGUGUGAAUUUGAGGAGGGUUGGCACCUGUGUGACCAGUCCUUCCCUCUACGGAAGACGGAGGAGUUUGUCAGUCAGAUGAAGAAGGUGUCUCCCUACCUGGCUCGCAUCUACGCCAUCCUGCGGCAGAGUUCCAUGCAGCUCAACUGUCUGAGUGGAGACACCGGCAAGCAGUUCCUGGACUGGGUGGAGCAGGAAGCCCAGGGUUCGGACUUUCUGGAGGCAUACCAAUCUAUGAGGACGAUCCUCCUGGACAAUGAGAAACAGGCCGAGUCAUUCCUCAACCAGUUGAGCAGGUGUCAUCUACCCAGUGGGAAGGUGUUCUGGCUGUGCGAUAAACACCAGAGCGGACCACGGAUCACCAAGCUGAGUCGUAAUGUAGGAACUCGACUCAACCAGAGGAAGGUCGUGUUCCGUGAGGAUCUUCUCCUGAAGGAGCUGAUUGAGAAGAGUGAUGUGUACAGGAGGAAGAGAGGAGAGAAACCUCAAUUGAAGAAAGGCAAAGCCAAAAUACCGUUCAAGACUCCAACUGCCUCUAAGACCACAGACACGGCAGCAGCACCCAGCCUGCCAAAGAGUGACAGUCGCACUGAGCUGAUGAAGUCCAAGGGAGACAAAUCCAAGACGACCAUGCCCCAGAGCUCCAGCAGUGCCAAGAGAGACAACUCUGACCUCAGCAGUGCAAAGAGAGACAACUCUGACCUCAGCAGUGAAAAGAGAGACAACUCUGACCUCAGCAGUGAAAAGAGAGACAACUCUGAUCUCAGCAGUGCCAAGAGAGACAACUCUGACAACAACAUGGCCCCAGUUCGAAGCAGCAACAGUGGCAGCAAAUCUAAGAGUCCUACAGCAGUGUCGCCUCCCUCAAAGAUGCCACCCAUUAACCGCAAAAGCUCCAAGUCAAAGUUCAAGGCCACAGGAGUGGCAGCCGAGUUAUCCAAUGCUGGGAGCAAGAAAGGGAGCACCAAUCAGAGCAAAGCCUGCUCCUUACAGUGAGGACAUGUCCCCAGCUUGAUUCUGUAGAUGGCUUUGUGUCUGUGUAGCUAAUCCACAAGCCAGUACAUUCAUUUUGUGUGAGCAAUGUUUCCUUGAGUGCCAUACAUAACUUUCCAUGCCCUUGAUAUUAACCAGGAUAUACAUGCAGCUGUCUGAUCUGUCUAACUAGGAUAUGUAUGUAACCAUUGUUGCCUACAUCCAUGUCUAAGCUCACUGUUAUCUUCAUCCCAAACCCACAAUGUUUGUGCAGACCUGGAUGUUUGUGUAGACCCGGAGUUUGUGCAGACCUGGAUGUUUGUGUAGACCCGGAGUUUGUGCAGACCCGGAUGUUUGUGUAGACCCGGAGUUUGUGCAGACCCGGUUGUUUGUGCAGACCUGGAUGUUUGUGUAGACCCUGAGUUUGUGCAGACCCGGAUGUUUGUGCAGACCUGGAUGUUUGUGUAGACCCUGAGUUUGUGUAGACCUGGACGUUUGUGCAGACCUGGAUGUUUGUGUAGACCCUGAGUUUGUGCAGACCCGGAUGUUUGUGUAGACCUGGAGUUUGUGCAGACCCGGAGUUUGUGUAGACCUGGAGUUUGUGCAGACCCGGAUGUUUGUGCAGACCCGGAUGUUUGUGUAGACCCGGAUGUUUGUGUAGACCCGGAUGUUUGUGUAGACCCGGAUGUUUGUGCAGACCUGGAUGUUUGUGUAGACCUGGAUGUUUGUGUAGACCCAGAUGUUUGUGCAGACCCGGAUGUUUGUGUAGACCCGGAUGUUUGUGCAGACCCAGAUGUUUGUGUAGACCCAGAUGUUUGUGUAGACCUGGAUGUUUGUGUAGAUCCAGAUGUUUGUGUAGACCCGGAUGUUUGUGUAGACCCAGAUGUUUGUGCAGACCUGGAUGUUUGUGUAGACCUGGAUGUUUGUGUAGACCCAGAUGUUUGUGCAGACCCGGAUGUUUGUGUAGACCCGGAUGUUUGUGCAGACCCAGAUGUUUGUGUAGACCCAGAUGUUUGUGUAGACCUGGAUGUUUGUGUAGACCCAGAUGUUUGUGUAGACCCCGAGUUUGUGUAGACCCGGAUGUUUGUGCACACCCGGAUGUUUGUGUAGACCCAGACUUUGUGUAGACCCGGAUGUUUGUGUAGACCGGGAUGUUUGUGUAGACCCGGAUGUUUGUGCAGACCCAGAUGUUUGUGUAGACCCAGAUGUUUGUGCACACCCGGAUGUUUGUGUAGACCCGGAUGUUUGUGCAGACCCAGAUGUUUGUGCAGACCCGGAUGUUUGUGCACACCCGGAUGUUUGUGUAGACCCGGAUGUUUGUGUAGACCCGGAUGUUUGUGUAGACCCGGAUGUUUGUGCAGACCUGGAUGUUUGUGCAGACCCGGAUGUUUGUGUAGACCCAGAUGUUUGUGCAGACCCGGAUGUUUGUGUAGACCCGGAUGUUUGUGCAGACCCAGAUGUUUGUGUAGACCCAGAUGUUUGUGUAGACCUGGAUGUUUGUGUAGACCCAGAUGUUUGUGUAGACCCCGAGUUUGUGUAGACCCGGAUGUUUGUGCACACCCGGAUGUUUGUGUAGACCCAGACUUUGUGUAGACCCGGAUGUUUGUGUAGACCCGGAUGUUUGUGUAGACCCGGAUGUUUGUGCAGACCCAGAUGUUUGUGCAGACCCGGAUGUUUGUGCAGACCCGGAUGUUUGUGUAGACCCCGAGUUUGUGUAGACCCGGAUGUUUGUGUAGACCUGGAGUUUGUGUAGACCCCGAGUUUGUGUAGACCCGGAUGUUUGUGUAGACCCGGAGUUUGUGCAGACCUGGAUGUUUGUGUAGACCCGGAUGUUUGUGCAGACCCGGAUGUUUGUGCAGACCCGGAUGUUUGUGCAGACCUGGAUGUUUGUGUAGACCCGGAUGUUUGUGUAGACCCGGAGUUUUUGCAGACCUGGAUGUUUGUGUAGACCUGGAUGUUUGUGCAGACCCCGAUGUUUGUGCAGACCCAGAUGUUUGUGCAGACCCGGAUGUUUGUGCAGACCCGGAUGUUUGUGCAGACCCAGAUGUUUGUGCAGACCCGGAUGUUUGUGCAGACCCGGAUGUUUGUGCAGACCCGGAUGUUUGUGUAGACCCCGAGUUUGUGUAGACCCGGAUGUUUGUGUAGACCCGGAUGUUUGUGUAGACCCAGAUGUUUGUGCAGACCCGGAUGUUUGUGCAGACCCGGAUGUUUGUGCAGACCCGGAUGUUUGUGUAGACCCAGAGUUUGUGUAGACCCGGAUGUUUGUGUAGACCCGGAUGUUUGUGUAGACCCGGAGUUUGUGUAGACCCGGAGUUUGUGUAGACCCGGAGUUUGUGCAGACCUGGAUGUUUUUGUAGACCCGGAUGUUUGUGUAGACCCGGAUGUUUGUGUAGACCCUGAUGUUUGUGUAGACCCGGAUGUUUGUGUAGACCCAGGGUUUGUGUAGAGCCGGAUGUUUGUGUAAUACAGCAUAAUAACCUGCUACUAGGAUGCAACCUAUUCCAGGAUAAUCUUUGAUGCAGUUUUUAUAUUUGUAUGAAUAUUCCAGCAUAAUAACUUCUUGUCAGGGUAUUGAAUGUUCUGUGAUAACACAAUUUAUUAUGAGUUUUUAGUUUGCGCCUUGCACAUCAUCUCUUUAUUUAUUUUUACAACUUUUGUUUUGUAUGUUCUGUUUUGGCUGUACAGCUAUGCUAUUAUUAUGUAUUACUGUGAUAUGAGUUGUGUUACAAGUAUAUAUUUGCAAUGUAUUUGUUGUUAUUCGCUACCAAUAUGCCUCCGUCCAAUCGCAUGACAUUCCUGUAUCUUGAACUCCUGAAUUGAUUACACUUUCUCUUGCUGUGUCUGCUCAAACCGUACAUGCAGGUUGUGGAGUUGACAAUGAUUCAUGGUCAGUUCUACCCUGCUGUAAAACAAGGUUGUCAGCCAUGACAGUUUCUACCUCAAGCAGCAGGUCCUGUUUAUACCCUGCAUGUGAUACAAGUUAUACCAUGUAUUAUACCAGAUUAUGCCAUGUCUGUAAUACCAGGUUAUCCCGAUAGUGUUAUACCAGGUUAUGCCAUGUGUGUUAUACCAGGUAGUACCAUGUGUUAUACCAGAUUAUGCCAUGUCUGUUAUACCAGGUAGUACUAUGUGUGUUAUACCAGGUUAUGCCAUGUGUGUUAUACUAGGUAGUACCAUGUGUUAUACCAGAUUAUGCCAUGUGUUAUACCAGGUAGUACUAUGUGUGUUAUACCAGGUUAUGCCAUGUGUGUUAUACUAGGUAGUACCAUGUGUGUUAUACCAGGUUAUGCCAUGUUUGUUAUACCAGGUUAUGCCAUGUGUGUUAUACCAGGUAGUACCAUGUGUGUUAUACCAGAUUAUGCCAUGUUUGUUAUACCAGGUUAUGCCAUGUGUGUUAUACCAGGUUAUGCCAUGUGUGUUAUACUAGGUAGUACCAUGUGUGUUAUACCAGGUUAUGCCAUGUUUGUUAUACCAGAUUAUGCCAUGUUUGUUAUACCAGGUUAUGCCAUGUGUGUUAUACCAGGUAGUACUAUGUGUGUUAUACCAGGUUAUACCAUGUGUUAUACCAGAUUAUGCUUUGUUUGUUAUACCAGGUUAUGCCAUGUGUGUUAUCCCAGGUUAUGCCAUGUGUGUUAUACCAGGUUAUGCCAUGUGUGUUAUACCAGGUUAUGCCAUGUGUGUUAUACUAGGUAGUACCAUGUGUGUUAUACCAGGUUAUGCCAUGUUUGUUAUACCAGGUUAUGCCAUGUGUGUUAUACCAGGUUAUGCCAUGUGUGUUAUACCAGAUUAUGCCAUGUGUGUUAUACCAGGUAGUACCAUGUGUGUUAUACCAGGUUAUGCCAUGUGUGUUAUACCAGGUUAUGCCAUGUGUGUUAUACCAGGUUAUGCCAUGUGUGUUAUACCAGGUAGUACCAUGUGUGUUUUACCAGAUUAUGCCAUGUGUUAUACCAGAUUAUGACAUGUGUCUUAUACCAUGCUCAACUAUAUGUUAUACCAGUUUGAUAUCUACAGCAUGUUUUGACUUGAUAUGUGUGGAUGUGAUCUGCUCUGGGUAAUACAUGUUGAUGUUCUUUGUUAAAUAGUUACAUUCAUGCACAGGAUCAAAACAAACCUUUACUCAAGGUUAUUUACACUUUGUUGACAUUUUCAAUAUAAAUACAUAUUGAUUCAUUGAAAUAUAUAUUUUUUAUAAGUUUCUAACACACCUCAUGAAUGUUAUGCAACAUCUAUAUUUGCAUCCAUGAUGUAAUAUGCACUCUGUAUCAUGGUCCUGUGUAUUGAUGCCACUCUCUUAUGAUGUUGUUGUGCCACACACUGUGUACAAAUGUAAAAUGUUUAUAGAAACUGAUUGUCAAUGAAAUCAAAGAUGGAAAAAUGCCAUACAUGAUAGAGUUGAUUCGAUAACACUCAUAAAACAUAGCUACGAUAGUCUGUAGCAGACACUGUGGUAACCUCUGACAGGCGCUAUGAUGUCUUCAAUCUGUAGCCACACCCAAACCUCAUCAAUCUGUAGUAGCACAAGGACAACAUCAGUCUGUAGCAGACCCUUUGGCAACCUCCGACACGGCUAUGAUGUCUUCAAUCUGUAGCCGCACCCAAACCUCAUCAAUCUGUAGUAGCACAAGGACAACAUCAGUCUGUAGCAGACUCUUUGGCAACCUCCGACACGUGCUAUGAUGUCAUCAAUCUGUAUUAGAUCUUAGGGUAACUUCUUAACAGAUCUGUCAGAUUUUGUUUAAAUCAAUGUAACCUAGUGCAUAACAUGCUGAAAUAAAUUUUCUCUUUUGA